UGAACAGACAUUUCGUAAAGCGAAGCGAAAUCCCAUUUCACAUUUCAGUGCAGUGCAAGCGCGACUUUCGUGAGGUGAUGUUGGUUUGGUUUCGGUUCUCGUAGUUAUCUCGUUCAGUUCCAUACACGUGUUGCAACUAUUGGGAUACGCGGCUGUUAUUGAUUUUUGUACGGACAAUUACCGUCGACCUUAUAGAGUUCAUAGCGAUUAGUACAAUUUGUAAUAAACUCUUAGCCACGAUAUCAACAUAAACAAUUACUGAGGAAACUCCAGAGGUCUACAGAACCACAAGAUGGGAGAAAGGAGGGGUACCAGAGGGCUGGAGCUGUGGUGUAAGAGGAUGACGGAAGGUUAUCCAGGUGUAAAAGUUGAGAAUAUGACAACAUCUUGGAGAGAUGGGUUGGCAUUCUGUGCCAUCAUUCACCAUUUCAGGCCGGAUUUAAUAGAUUUCUCCAAACUCAACAAAAAUGACAUCUACAACAAUAACAAUCUGGCAUUUAGGAUAGCAGAGGACCAUCUUGGCAUUCCAGCUCUCCUAGAACCAGAAGAUAUGGUCGAAUACGCAGUUCCAGAUCGACUCUCCAUUCUCACAUACUUAUCUCAGUUUUAUCAGGUUUUCGCUGUAAAUUCAAGUUCCCCAAACAAAAUUCCAUCUAAGAGACCUCCACCAGCAGAUUUACAGAGGCACAUGGUCCCAGCCACAGGUUCAACACCUCCAAAGAAGGCUGCUCACAUAGCCUCGGGCGCGCGUAGAGAACCCUGCGCCAAAUGCGGUCUUCCAGUGUUCAUAGCUGAACGUCUGAACGUUGGAAAGACCCUCUACCAUCGCACGUGUUUUCGCUGUGCCGACUGCGACGCCCAGCUGAACCUCGACAACACCUACGACUCCGAAGACGGCCAGUACCGUUGCAAGGUCUGCCCCGACAAGGAGACUGACGUGAUCAGUCGUUCACUGAGCGACGAGGAAAAAUCGGCUAACCUGAAGGGGGACGCCGAUCCGUACAGCGCCAACUUCGAGAACGUCCUGGAAGAGCCCAACGACGACAGCCUGAAGCGCAGCUUCACGCUGGACAGGAUGCUGGGCGGCGCCUUCCAGAAGGCCAGAUCCGACUUCAUGACCACGCAGAUGGCCGCGUUCGACUCCGAUCUGGAGACUGAGCCGGAGGACGAGCCCCCGGACCUUCCGGUGUCGCCGAAGCCGCUGCUAGGGCACAGCGAAAACACCGUCGAAUUUAGUAAUAACUCGUUACCAAGCCUUAGUGAUAAUUCUAGUGUUGAUAGUGAUCGGUCCGACCAGAAACUAUGCGAAUCUCAAGAUCCUGUUACCAAAGACUCGAUUUCGACGAGGGACGUGUCGAUAAAGCCUUCGAUCAGGUCUCGUGUGGAACUUUUCGAAGCCGGUAUCGCUAAAUGUGCCAAGUCUGAUGUAAAUAGAGAAUCUCGUGAAAAAAGUGUUGAAUUUAAUCCUAUCGCGGAGUCUCCCCGAAAAUCCUGCCAGGACGUGGAACAAUCUUCGGGCGAUGUUGUGGCUGAUGUCAGUGAGAAUUCCGUCGAUUUCGGGACCAACAAUUCUCAACCACAUUCCGGCUGUUUCAGCGUUUCUUCUAGGCUAAGUGAUUCCAACGAAGUUAUCGUUAUAUCAUCCGAAACUUCCGCUGAACAUUCCGUUGUCAUCAUAUCAGAUGCUUCGGAGGACUCUAGCUGUCAACCAACUGCCCCCCCUUGCGAAAAACCCGACAACAUAGAUGAAGACGUCGAGAAACCCACUCCAGUGAUCGAAUAUCCAGAAGAUCUCAACCCUUUUGGAGAGGAAGAAGAAGAGGAUGAUGAUGAUCCUUUUUCAACCCCUUCUGAACAUGUUCCGGAAACGGUCAAACCUGCGUCGCUUAAUCCCUUCGGCGACUCAGACGAAGAAGCAGAAGAAGAGCUUGUUGAGAAUUCUAAAAGUUUGAAUCCAUUUGGAAGCGAUGACGAGGAAGAGAAUCUUGCACCUUUGCCACCCCAACCUAAGCUAAGGAAAUUGAAAGCUCCUAAAAUCAGCUUGACGCCAUAUUGGGAGGAAGAGGACAGCCCUAAAGGCCAAGAAAAUGAAGAGAAAAAUGAAGACCAAUCCAUGUCUCCAAGGCCCACUCUCAGGAAGAUUAAGGCUCCUAAAAUUAGCCUUACCCCAUUCUGGGAUGAUGAAAGUGCUUGCCAAACAUCUGAAGCAAUCAGUUCUUCCACGUCUCGUGCGGAAAAAUCCUCUUUACACGGUUCUGGGAGAAAAAAGAAACCAGCCCCUAAACCGCCUUGUCCAUUGAUUCCUAAAGAACUAGAUGCUUCCCCAUGUAACUCUUCCAAUUCGAGUCCAAGCCAUAAGGUGAGCCGUUUGUCGAAAGAACCUCCGAGAUCCCGAAAAACUAGGAGAGCACCUCCACCACCAACUUCCACCCCCUCCAGAUCUUCAGAAUUUUCUCGAUUUCCUGCAAUUUCCCCCAUAAGAGAAGAUAUUAAACCCUCACAGUACGAAACUGGUGGAGAAGAGAAAAUGAAGGCUGCCAAAGACGAGACGAACAGAAUAAGGCAACAUGCUGCAGGUCCUUCUAAUUCCACCAAAAAACUGACCUUGAAGGAGAUCGAACAUGAUUUGGAGCUCGUAGAGGUGCAGAUGCGAGGAUUAGAGAAAAAUGGUGUCAUAUUGGAAAAAAUCAUAAGGGAAAAGAGUGAAAUACCAGGGGCAAAUCCAGACGACACCCUUGCUCCAGAAGUUGAGGAUAUGAUUUUAGAGCUGUUCGAACUCGUCAAUGAAAAAUGCGAGCUAUUUAGAAAACAAACGGAGCUGAAUUAUUUACGUAGGCAGAACCGUUUGGAAAAAGAACAAGCAGAAAUUGAAAAUCAGUUGAGGUGCUUGAUGUUGCAACCGGAUGCUCAUAAAACUGAUAGCGACAAGGCGAAAGAAGAGGAACUAUUGAACAAAAUGCUAGAAAUUGUGGAGCGGAGAAAUGAAAUAGUCGAUCGUCUGGAAUAUGACAGAAGACGUGAAAAGGAGGAAGACAUGAGCAUAAGAAGUCAUAUGUCUCUUUAUUCCAUGAAAAGGGAAAGUGGACAUUCUUCAUCAAAAAAAUCUAACAAAAGGGACAAACAAAAGGGCGACAAAAAUAAGAAGUCCAAAAAAAGCAAAGGGGAUGUUGAUAAAGAUAUUGAUGAGUCGACACUCUCAUCCAAGGAUAAGAAGAAGAAGAAAGUGCUGAAUUUAUUCUGAAUUUUGGAUAAAUAAACUUUAGAAAACAUACGUGUUCAUAUUCACUCAUUGUAACUUUCGAUAUGAAGCGCGAUUUGUAUGUUUUUCUUUCGGGAAUUAAUCUGAGAAAAUGUUAUUGUUACUAAGUAAAAAUUUAUUUUUCCAUACAUAUGUAAAUAAUUUUUGCAAUAAAAUUUUUUUGUAUAUUUUUGA